AUGAAUCACGGCAUCGAGGGACUCCCUCAGUACGACUCCCCCGCGCAUCUCGAACGCGAUGAUGACUUUCUCACCGCUCCGAAAGGUCAGUCGGGUCUUCCAUCUCGCUCCUAUCCUGGCUUUGACUCGCUCGAGACUCCCUACACUAAAUCCGAACUGAUUUUUCCCAACGAAAGCCUUCCCACUCAUCACUCGACUUAUUUGCUCCCCCCUCUUUCCCUGUUCGUCCCGUGCUGGCCGAUCCAGUAUGGCGAGGGCGUGUUCUACUCCUUCCCAGUGACCUACAUUGGCCGUCACCAGGUGGCCAAGAGCCUGCGGACGGUCGAGUUUCCUGUCCGACGUCGCAUUUGUCAGGAAGCCAUUGCACGCGUCCGUGAGGCUUCCAAUACUCGAGAUCCCAUCCCUCGCGACGUGGACAAGGCCUCUGCCAAGUUUCUCGACCGCUUCGAAGCCGACAUCAAGCUCGAGUCUAUCGUCAUCAAUAUCAGCGUCGAAGGCAUCGUCCUGGCCACGCCCGAUGAAGAUCGUGUCAUUGCCCAUCACCGCAUGGCUUGCAUCAGCUUUGCAGCCGGCGGUGACUUUGAAGACUACGACCAAGUGGCCUACAUUGCCAAAACCAAGCUCGGGCGCAUCUGUUACGUCUUUGACUGCGGCCAGUAUUCCAACCAGGUGCUGUCCACCAUCGGGCAAGCCUUUGUGACGGCCGGUGAGCAGCAGGAUCUCGAAUACGACGAAUACGAAGAGUUUGAUGAGCUCGAUGAAGAGUACGAGGCCUACACUCAGGUGGAAUAUGGUGGCAUGACCGAAGCCGAAUAUCGCGACGUCUACGGUGCAACUGGGGACAGUCGCUAUUACUCAAGCAUUGAAGGUCAAGCCAACAUGAUGUAUGCUGCCCCGAACGAAGCCAAUGGGGGCGAUUAUCACGAGGUGGGCACCGAAGAAGAAACCGACGACUACUUGGCACCUCACCCAUUGGCCACCCACUACACCGAUGCUCUCACAAUCUUGGAGGGCGACGAUAGCAAUUAUCAUGAUCUCUCGCGCCAGGACGGGGCCACCUACGACGUGGCCGCUCGGCACCGCUCAGGGCGUGGGCGACCCGCUCAAACCCAUGGCCAAUACAGUCGGGCCGGGGGCGAGAACCACUACUCAAUGGCCGCCGGUGUCAAGCCCGACGCACACUACGACGUCAGGGCGCCCGGGGCUGACUACAGCAUCCUCGAAGACCCCUACGCCAAUAUCCAUGAGGCCAACCCGGACUAUCAUCCCGUUUCCGCCUUGGUGGAGAGCGAGGAGGCCGAGUAUGACAUGGGACAUCCAGACACACGUGCUGAAAACCUCUAUGAUAUGGGUGUCCCGCCACGCCCCUCGCUGCGUCGCAAGGGCGGCAUCAAAGCCGAGGCUGCCGAUUCACAAGACUAUGACAUGGCUGGCCGGACUCGAGCCAACUCGCAGGGCUACGACUUGGCAGGCGAGCAAGACCCCAACGGCUAUGACAUGGCCAGCGACCCCAAUGGCUACGAUGUCGCCGGUGACACCGAUGGCCUCGAGUACGAUGUGGCGCACCGGUCUCGCGCCAACACGCAAAUUUACGACAACACCAAUCCCUUGGCCACCGGGAAUCGCAACAGCACCUAUGCCCAAGCCAAUCAGUUGUACAGCAUGCGAAGCCACCGCCCGGUCUCCGGAGGCGUCGACGAGCCCAUGUACGACAUCCACACCAUGCCAGGUCUGGCCAGUGCUGAACCAAGCGUGCGCAAGCAAGCUCCGGCACCCCCUGGCGCUAGCCAGGUCACCAGCAAGGGUGCUCAGGGUCAGACCAAGCCCAAGACCGCGCCAAAGCCCAAGCCGACACCCACGCUCCCACCUCCAAACGAUAAGGUUGCUUACGAAGCCGGGGACGAUUGGCGCCGUCUGCAAUUACAGACUGGGAUUGAAGAUCAAGGUUAUCUGGACGGCAAUUACAUGGAUGCCAAUGAUGAUCCAACAGGAGCAAAGACGCUCGGCUUGCCCCCUCCUCUUGAGAGUCAAUCCAGCCGGCCGUCGAGUGCAGAAGCAAAAGCUGACGCUGACGCUGACGCUCCGGUGGAGCGCGAGAGCUAUUUGGAAAUUGGAGACGAGCCCCUGCAACCCGAUGCAUCCCCGAAGAAAGAUCGCAAGGGCUUGUUUGGUGGCUUCUUGAAGAAGCGCUCAGCUCGCAAGAAAGAGGCAACGGCGGCAGCCGCCGCCACAGCCUCGGUGCCCGGAUCCAAGGCCGGGCCUGUGGCGUCGACUUCCAAGAUCGAGUUGAACGGGCACGCAUCAUUGCCCCACCCACCUGCCCCCAGCAGGAAGAGCAGUGUGCCGACAGACGCGCUGGGGUAUUCGCGCAUUCCGCAAGAGGAGGACGGCGACGGCUAUACACCAGCCAAUCAGCUGGGUGAAGAUGAGGAUGGGAGUUACUUGGAUGGGGAUUUGCUGGAAGAGAAUUAUGAGGCCAUUGCAAAUGAAUGCGAGCAGCAAGCUUUGGCCAAGGUGACGACUCAUGCCACUGUGCUGUUGCCACCGGACGAGUGCUACACGCGCGUGAAGAAGGAGCGCAAGCGUGCGCCCCCGCCGCCGUUGCCCGAGCGGGCCUCGCUGGCACAGUCCAUCAUGCAAGAGCCGCUCAAGAGCAAGGGCGACCUGCUGGUGCGCAAGCUCAAUGCCAAGGCCGGUAGUUUGAGCGUGCGACAGUCGGGCGACGUGCAAGCCUCCAUUGCUCAGUGGAACUUCAUCCCGCCGGACAAGCUCAACGUGGAGGAGGAUUGA